CACAGUCGAAACCGUAUUUUAAAGCGGACAUUUGGUGCACUCUGAAACUGUAUUUGGACAGUUUGUUGGGUGUGAGAGAGAUCAAAGAAGAGAGAUUUGUUUGGCUCUUUCAGACAAGAUGGUCGAAUUAGAGAGUUUCCUACUCUAAGAUCAUCCUGGAAAGGGCAGUCAAGGAAUAAGAAAAGUGCAUUAAAAACCCACUCUAGUUAUAAAAAAAGAUUCUGUUCAAUUCGUAACUGCAUUGCCUCAUUGUUACCCAUCACCUCCUCCCAACGUAAUCUCAAAACCCACUUUCAAGAUUCUCUCAUUUUGUCAUCCUCGCCCAUGGUAACCCUCAUCCCGCACGCUAAUUGUUUGUGAAUAUGUUUAGUCCAAUAUUCUGUGAUCAUUGCGUAGCUAUCUGAAUCUCAACUCAAAAUUGAAUUUCGGAAAAUCGUUAAUAACAAGAAUUUCCUGGUAUUAAAGCCUGAGUUUGAUAUCCAUAAUACCAAUGAGAGGCAAAAAUUUAAUAAUGUGUAAAGAGGGCAGAUAUUUCUCGUUUCAUUUGCAAUAUGGUUUUAACUUUAUAAAUCUAGAAGCUCAAUAUAUUGUUCUGUAAAGGCCAUUGUUACCCAGUAAUAGUUGUUGUUAGGAGGGUCGUUUUGGAAAUAAAAAGGAAAAAGCUGGCGGUUUCAUAUAGAGCUGUUGGCAGAACCUAUCACUGCCGCAACAAUACUCGCAUUUUGAUUGUAAAGCAAUGGGGAGUAGAUGGACAAUUCAUGGAAUCCAGUUCUCAUAUCUUGCCCUUUUGAUUCUUGUCUCUAAUGUUCAUGGAUGUUGCUGUGAUAAGUCAGAAGGAUUGGCUUUGUUGGAAUUUCGAGCAAGAGUGGAAUAUGAUCCACAUGGAGCUCUUGAGGAUUGGAAUGCGGAUAAUUGUGACCCGUGCAUGUGGUCAGGCAUCCAUUGCGAGGAUGGUAAAGUGCAAGUUCUGGACCUUAAUGGACAAGAUAUCAAAGGAACAUUGGCACCUGAACUCGGAAAUCUUAGUAACUUGAAAGUGCUUGUACUCCCUGAGAACCAUUUUUCGGGUGUAAUUCCUCAAGAAAUUGGGCAACUUGAAAUGCUGGAAGUGUUGGAUCUUAGGGAUAACAACUUGAGCGGAUCAAUUCCAGAACAGAUAGGAGGCCUGCAACUACUGAGAAGCUUUUUGACCAGAAUCUCACUGCUGAUUUUGCUUUGGGAACUGGCUGUGUUAAUAGAAAGUGCGAAGACUGCAUUUGGCAUGUCAGUUGGAACCCGUUGAAGAAAGCUAGGUUCUUGCUGAUAACCCUGAAAUCAGCAAUCUUACGUUACAUCAAUCUAUUCUCGCUGUUCAAUCUUGGAGAAGGACCUUUGAACACAAAUUCCCGCUGCUUCUCUUAUGAGCUUCCAUGUGAGUCAAUAAAGUGGUGUUUUUACUCAUUAUUCAGUGAUGAGGAAACGGUCCAGCCCAGGUCACCGACUCACUCUCCCUUACGGGAGGUCUCAGGUUCACCCAGACCACAAUUAAUUUACACUCUAGAGAACUUAGCAAAUCCCACACGGCGCAAGUUACUUGAAGAAUCAAGUAACAUUGCUGCUUCUCCCGCCAAUGUUGGGCCAGCACUGGGUAAUCUCAUUACUCAGCCAAGCAACAGAAGUAGCGGGUCAUUUCCGGCUGUGCCUGGGAAGAAGGCAAAACCUUCUGCACAAUCACUAUCGCCGCCACAUCAGCAAAUCACAACAAACCCCAGUGUUGCUCAACGACAAAACAAUACUCAACCUCCAACAUCUGGAAAUAGAUGGAAGUAUAUGUUUGGAAUCUCAUUUGGAGUUUUUUCCCUCAUUGUUACUGUAGCAAUCAUUUGCACUUGUAGAAGUAGGGCAGCAAGGUCUAUUGGCCCUUGGACGACUGGAUUGAGUGGGCAGUUGCAAAAAGCAUUUGUUACAGGUGUCCCGAAGCUGAACAGAGCUGAACUAGAAACAGCGUGUGAAGAUUUCAGCAACAUUAUCACAAUUCAUACUGCUUUCACUAUGUACAAGGGAAACCUGUCAAGUGGAGUAGAGAUCGAUGUAGUUUCAACUGCCAUAACAUCUCUUAAAGACUGGUCCAAACGUGCAGAGCUAGCUUUCAGGAAGAAGAUUGAUACUCUUUCAAGGAUCAACCACAAAAACUUUGUUAACCUCAUUGGCUAUUGUGCGGAGGAUGAACCUUUUACUAGAAUGAUGGUGUUUGAGUAUGCUCCUAAUGGAAGUCUUUUUGAACAUCUACAUGUCAAAGAAGUUGAACAUCUCGACUGGAAUACAAGGAUGAGGGUUGUAAUGGGGACUGCCUAUUGUAUCGAGUACAUGCAUGAUUUAAAUCCACCUGUGCCUCAUUCAAAUCUCACUUCUAAAACCAUCUUUUUGACUGACGAUUAUGCUGCUAAGAUUGUGGAGAUGAGUUUCUGGGAAGAACUGGCAUCAAAGUCGAAAUGUGGAGAUAGCGAAGACCAUUCUGAACUCCCCCCACUUGCUGACCCUGAAACAAACAUAUACUGUUUUGGACUCGUGUUAUUGGAAAUUGUUUCUGGAAAACUACCUUUCACUGAAGAGCAAGGUCCUCUUCUCAACUGGGCUGCAGAAUACCUGAAGGACAAGAAAAGCAUUAGCCAUAUGGUGGACCCAACAUUGAAUCAUUCGUUUAACGAUGAAGAGGUGGCCGUGGUAUGUGAGGUAAUUCAGGAUUGCAUCCAACAAGAUGCGAGGAAGAGGCCAACGAUCAAGGAAGUCAUUGAGAAGUUGAGGAAAGUCCGCGAUAUCUCUCCACAGGCCGCUUUUCCCAGAGACUCACCCCUCUGGUGGGCUGAACUUGAGAUUCUUCAAGCUGAGGCCCUCUAGCUCUCUGCUUUCCAUUAUUACCAGAUUGUCUAUUCUAUGUUGUACGUAGUACGGAGUAUGUAUAUGUUCAUAAGUUAGUUUGAUUUCAUGGCAGUUUGAUUGUUGUCUUGUCAUUAUUUCUGCAUAAAAAAAUAUAAUUAGAGUUAAUUGAAUAGAAUUCUUGGUGCAUUAGAGUAUUUUCAUGGAGUUAGUAGGAAUGGUUCUUACAUUUCAAUAGAAUAUUGUUUUGACCAGUGGGAGGAAUAUUGUUGCAUUGCAUAAGAGUACUUUCAUGGAGAUUCAAACCAUUGAGAGUCACAAUGAAGGAAAAUAUUGAGUAAUAGUGUUCAGGG